GCACACCGCACGGCGAGGUGGGGGAGGGCAGUCCGUGUGUGUCUGUGUUGUUGUUCGGCGGCGGCGGCGGCGGUAAGAUGGCUGCCCACGGGGGCUCCGCGGCGUCCUCGGCGCUGAAGGGGUUAAUUCAACAGUUCACCACCAUUACCGGUGCAAGUGAAAGUGUAGGAAAACAUAUGCUUGAAGCGUGCAACAAUAAUCUGGAAAUGGCAGUCACUAUGUUUUUGGAUGGUGGAGGAAUCGCUGAAGAGCCCAGUACCAGUUCAGCAAGUGUCUCUACUGUCAGACCACACACAGAAGAAGAAGUUCGUGCCCCAAUUCCUCAAAAGCAGGAAAUACUGGUGGAACCAGAACCAUUAUUUGGUGACGGAGUUUCACUCUUCUUGCCCAGGCUGGAGUGCAGUGGCGUGAUCUUGGCUCGCUGCAACCUCCACCUCCCAGGUUCAAGUGAUUCUCCUGCCUCAGCCUCCCAAGUAGCUAGGAUUACAGCUCCUAAAAGACGACGGCCUGCACGUUCAAUUUUUGAUGGUUUCCGGGAUUUUCAAACUGAAACUAUUCGGCAAGAACAAGAAUUAAGAAAUGGAGGAGCUAUCGAUAAGAAAUUAACUACCCUUGCAGAUCUAUUCCGGCCACCCAUUGAUUUGAUGCAUAAAGGCAGCUUUGAAACAGCUAAAGAGUGUGGCCAGAUGCAAAAUAAGUGGCUGAUGAUAAACAUUCAAAAUGUUCAAGACUUUGCAUGUCAGUGCCUCAACCGCGAUGUGUGGAGCAACGAAGCUGUGAAGAAUAUUAUCCGGGAACAUUUCAUUUUCUGGCAGGUUUAUCAUGACAGUGAGGAAGGUCAGAGAUACAUACAGUUUUAUAAGUUAGGGGAUUUCCCCUAUGUUUCCAUAUUGGACCCACGGACAGGUCAGAAGCUAGUAGAAUGGCACCAGUUAGAUGUAUCUUCUUUCUUGGACCAAGUGACGGGAUUUCUGGGUGAACAUGGACAACUGGAUGGACUUUCUAGCAGUCCCCCCAAAAAAUGUGCCCGUUCAGAGAGCCUUAUAGAUGCAAGUGAAGACAGCCAGCUAGAAGCUGCCAUCAGAGCCUCCUUACAAGAAACACAUUUUGAUUCAACACAGACAAAACAGGAUAGCCGCUCAGAUGAAGAAUCUGAAUCUGAACUUUUUUCUGGCAGUGAGGAGUUCAUAUCCGUUUGUGGCUCUGAUGAAGAAGAAGAGGUAGAGAAUCUUGCCAAGUCCAGAAAGUCUCCCCACAAAGAUUUGGGGCAUAGAAAAGAGGAGAAUAGAAGGCCGCUGACUGAGCCACCAGUCAGAACUGAUCCUGGAACAGCCACAAACCACCAAGGAUUGCCAGCUGUGGAUUCAGAGAUACUGGAGAUGCCACCUGAAAAAGCAGAUGGAGUAGUGGAGGGGAUAGAUGUAAAUGGACCAAAAGCACAGCUGAUGUUGCGGUAUCCAGAUGGAAAAAGGGAACAGAUCACUCUUCCAGAGCAAGCUAAACUGCUAGCUUUGGUGAAGCACGUCCAGUCUAAAGGAUACCCAAAUGAACGUUUUGAACUUCUCACCAACUUUCCUCGAAGGAAAUUAUCUCAUCUGGACUAUGAUAUUACAUUGCAAGAGGCAGGCCUUUGUCCUCAAGAGACUGUCUUUGUACAGGAAAGAAAUUAACACCAUGGCUUGACCUCUCUCAGCUUACCCCUUUUUUCCCUUUUCCUGUGAGAUACCAUGUCACUAAGUAUGCAUUUUGGCUCAUAGGACCACAGAGCCAAAGUUGGGCAAGCAAGUCACCUUCCUUCUCUUAUUUCUUGAUCUCUCCUGUAAUCAGUCUCUUUCUCCCCCUUUGUUUCUUUCUCCUCUUCUGUUUUCUCUCUCCCCACUCCGUACCCUUCCGCCUCCCCCCUCCCCCCACACUUUUCUUUCUUACCUAAUCUGGUGACCAAACUGAAGUGUAAGGAUAAGACCUCUCCUAGUACUAGCAGCAGGAAUUGUGUGUUCCAGUAAGUGGUCUCUUGCACGGCACUUUUUUGGGAUCAAAUGUUAACGUUACUCCCCAGACUCUUCGGGCAAAGGAAUGGCUAGAUUCAGAGUAAGAACAACCCUCCCUUUUUUGUAAGUCCCCGUGUUUAGCAGGGAGAAGAAAUUCUCUAACAUGGGUUUGGUUUUGUUGUGUUCUUCAUGUGGAAAUGUCGCUUAACAAAAUAUCCAGGCUUUUGUUUACGUGGAAAAAGCAUCCCUUGUAAUGAUUGCUCAUCAUACUUAAAAACCUUUUUCAAAGGAUUUUCAUGUUCCCAGCUAUAAGGACUAUUUCCAUGACAUGUGUUAUUGGCAGAAUGAGUGUUAAAUAUGGAGCAUAUAGCAUGGGGUGACUUUCAUUGUCCUAACCUGAGACAGUUUUCCUUAUUACUCUGUAUUGAUCCUGCUAGUCCAAGAAUGGACAUGAAGUGAACCUGUCGUGGUGACUGGGAUAGGAAGGUGCUUGCUAUUUUUGCCAGCACAGCAUAUUAGUUCCUUUGGAGCCCUCCAUUGUCUGAGUCUGCAGUGAUCUGUAGGAAGGCAGCUGGUCAAUAAUCAUGUAGUACAAUGGCUUGGAAUUGUAACCACUGUGGUUAUUGAUUGUCCUGUGUUGUUUCAGGCAUACUUAGGUAUGUCCCUGGGGAAAAAGAAAACCAUUCAGCUGAGAGUUGCUAACCAUGUUCUUUUGGUUAGAAAUAAUGGCUCAUUUUUUGCCCCUGGUUGGAAUAGUCUCUAAAAGGCUCUGGUGACUGAAUUGAACAUGAGUCUGCAUGCUGUUUUCUUUCAAAAGGUAUCAAAACGGAAAGCCUCUCUAAGGGGAAGACCUUUCAACUCCAGAAGACAACAUUUAGUAAGGAGGAUGGCGGAGGUUACUAGUAAUUUUCAGAUGUCAUGGGCUUUUUCUGCCAACAAAACCCAAAAUCAAAUUAGAGUUGGUGAAAGCUUUCUUCAGUGUUUUUAGAAGAGGCCAUCUUGAAUCUGUAGAAUACCAUUUACACAUCAACUUCACCCUAUGCUCAUUUCGUAUUUUGAGCUUAAGUGGAGUCCUCUGAAGGGGGGGUAGUCGUGAUUCUGGUGGCAAAACUAGAACUUUUAACUUGUAAAAUGAAAAAUAUUAAAUGGACCUUUUUGUCA